UGCACCAUCGCUGUGGGCUGAGCAAACAAGCACGUUUUGGCGGUUCGCCCUUUCGUGGAUACAGCUGUUCAGGUUCCCAAUCUAGUGCCGCGACCAGUUAGUAUCAAUUGACACACGGGGAUAGCAUACGUUUAGCAUAAACAUCGCAGUAACCAUCAAUACCAUUUCGUUGGCGCCUCCUUCGAUUUCGUCAUCCUCAGCAACGGACAACAUGUGGUGCUUUAUGGCUCUGGUCGCUCUGCUGUACGCGGUGUGCGACGUGAAUUACUUCAUUCGCAUCGUCUUUACCAUCCUGCACGCGGUGCUGAUACCGUACAAGAUCAAGGUCACCGAUAAGCACACAAUCUACGGCUUCUGUACGACGCAGGAUGUGGACUUCCUGUUGAAUCACAUGAACAACGCACGCUAUCUGCGUGAGCUCGAUUUCUGCCGGUUCUACUGGUACGCCCGGACCCGGUUUUGGCCACUGUCGAACGCGAAAAAUUUAUUGCAGGGCGAGUGUAUGGUGCGGUACCGGCGCAUGCUGCCCGUCUUCCGACCGUACAAGGUGGAAACGCAGAUGGUCUGGUGGGACGAUAAGUCGAUCUACUUCGAGCACCGCUUCAUCACGUUGCACGAUGGUUUCAUUCGAACGAUCGCCUAUUCCCGCCAGCGAGCCAUCGGAACCGCGCUGCUGGAUUACGUCCGCCAGUUCCCCGAGUGUCACCAUCGGCCCGAGCAGCCUCCGGUGCUGAAGGGUUGGAUCGCGGCCAACGAAGCGAGCAGCGAAAUGCUACGCAAGUAAAAAUCGCCCGAUCGGCGUGUGUGCGUGAUCGGCAAGGCGUCUUCGAUGCGAGAGAAAGCGCACACCUUGCGGUCGUAGUUUCGUGGCACAGCACGAUCAUCGUGCGUUUCCCUUGUUGUACGGUUCAGCCAGAAGGUCACUGCCACGGUUAGAGGUAGGAAGGGUGGAAUUCUUUCCCUCUAGACGACGAGCAGCAGGUAGCAACUUUGUGGACAUUACUUGCACUGUGUUAGCACUGCCUGGACGUAUUCUUUCUAUUCCGUAAGUAACCCGCUAUAACCCCGUGUUCGGUGCGAUGGUAAUGAGUUUUGGCCAAGGUGCUGCCGUUCGCUGGGACCUUUGGACCAAUCGAGAAGAAGUGUAGAAAAGCGUGUGGAAAGUUAAAUGUGUACCUCUGUGUGGCCCCAAUUUGAAUGAGAAAAUCGGAUUUAAGGAAAUAAACCAAUUUGAAACGGGUGCCGUGAA